GAAGGGGCUGCGACGCUUUCACUAUGUUUCAGAACGAAACAAAACUGCCAUGCAAGUUGUUUACGCUAUAAGUUUACAAUUUACAUUACACAAUAAUAUAAACAGGAUAAUAUAAUAAUGAGUGAGAAACUAAAAGAAUUGCGAGAAAGGUCGCAAAAAAGAAAAAAGUUGCUAGCACAGACUCUUGGUGUUUCUAGUGUUAGUGAGCUGAGGCAUGCAUUGGGGUCGACCUUGGACAUGCCUGCGAAGAAGCAGGCGGUGCCUGGAUGCGGGAAUGAGGGCGAUAAACCGACCUCAAAGGAACAACUUGAUGGAUUGGUCUACACGGACUCUUCAACAUUCCUAAAGGGAACUCAAUCAUCGAACCCCCACAAUGAUUACUGUCAGCACUUUGUAGACACGGGGCAGAGACCGCAGAACUUUAUCAGGGAUGUGGGGCUUGCAGACCGGUUUGAGGAGUACCCGAAGCUCAGAGAACUGAUCAAGUUGAAAGAUGAUCUUAUCGCACAAACUGCCACACCGCCCAUGUAUUUGAAGUGUGAUUUGAAGACAUUCGACCUGAAGCAGAUGGGUAACAAGUUCGACGUGAUCCUGGUGGAGCCGCCGCUGGGCGCGGGCUGGCGCUGGCAGGACGUGCUCGCGCUGGACCUGCAGCAGGUCGCCCAGGCCAGGUCCUUCGUAUUCCUCUGGUGCGGCAGCUCGGAGGGUUUGGACAUGGGCAGGGAAUGUUUAAAAAAGUGGGGAUUCCGACGAUGCGAAGACAUCUGCUGGAUAAAAACUAAUAUCAAAAAUCCUGGACACUCCAAGAACUUGGAGCACAAUGCGGUGUUCCAACGGACCAAGGAGCAUUGCCUCAUGGGCAUCAAAGGAACUGUCAGGAGAUCGGUUGAUGGAGACUUCAUACACGCUAAUGUGGACAUAGACUUGAUAAUAUCCGAGGACCCUGAGUUCGGCAGUACGGAGAAGCCGAUAGAAAUUUUCCAUAUCAUGGAACACUUUUGUCUUGGUCGGAGAAGAAUCCACCUAUUCGGACGGGACUCUACGAUCAGGCCGGGUUGGGUGACCAUCGGCCACGAACUGACCAAUUCCAACUUCAACGCUGAACUGUACGCCUCAUACUUCACCGAAGGCAGGGAAAGUACAGGGUGCACAGAGAGGAUAGAAGCUCUGAGGCCGAAAAGUCCUCCUAACGCCAGUAAAGGGGCUCGUCCUAGAGGCAGGGGCGGUUUCAGAGGCCGGGGAAGAGGCAGGGGAGCUAUUUAAGAGUUAAAAGUAUUGGAAUAUUAAUGAUACGUUUGUGCUGUUUUGCGGAAUCUACAGAAACUGACGAAAUCAACUACUCGUUUUGACUAGAGUGACGAGAUCUUAACUCCAUGGUCAGAAUGAUAACGGUUAUUGUGUUAUUAUUUAACACGAUCCGAAAAAUAUUAAAUACAAGAGGCACGAAUCGUUUUUCUACUUUAUUUUAUGUGUGAGGUGGAGAAAUUAAUUGACGUAUAUUGAAAUGUUUGAAUGUUUAGAUAGUGAAUACGUAAAAUAUGUAUUAGGUAAAUAAAAUUAAUUAUUUGUUUA